AUGGCCGCUGGAAAUAAUCUUCCGCCGGAUUUCGUGAAUCGUAUGGAAAAGGUUCCAGCGCCAUAUCUGAGCGAACAAUAUGGCUACAGCAAAGACGGACUAUCUUGCGCAAUGAUUGCCUGGAUGCUGGACAUUAAUCUUAGAGCAACAAUCAAGAAGCGCGAGUUCCAACGCACAUAUCAGAGAAUGUGCCUUUACAUCAAGCAUAUGGAGCGUCUCCUGGACCAAGCCAACAUCAAAUAUGAUGCUUACACCGGCGCGGAAGAUGGUCGAAGAGUAAAAAUAGCCAGAGAGACCUUCAAGCCUCAAGUGAAGGCCAGGUUCAUCCCUACAGCUCCGUAUCCUAUCACAGCUCCUAUCAGCUCCGAUGGUGAGCUCUGCAGAAGCGUCUCCGAUGCGCAGACAUUUGAAUACAAGCUUCACCAGUUGGAGAUCCUUCGGUAUAUGGAGAGGGUUGAUGGACCGGCAUUGGCUGAUUUCGAGACGAGUGCGAGGAGGCCCAGACCUGAGACAGGUUAA